GCGGCAGACUUUGGACGAUCCACAACGCUGGUGUGUCUGUCUGUGCUACGGGAGUUGGACUCAGUUGGACGCUGUACGUCGAACCAGGUGGACGGUCGAACCGCACGUGGACGGAUUUUGCGCGCGCCCUUUUUUGGGGGGAUUUUGAUUCACGGGUUUUAAACGGAUUUGUGGAGAAUAGAAGUGAAAACUGGGAAAAUUACUAAAAUACACAACAAAGGAUUAUAGGUGGUUAUUUGCGAGUAUUUUGGCAGAGCAUAAAGGCAUCAACAGGUUUCAAAAUCCGGGUGUGACGAUGAUCGAUGAAAGCAUUGUUGAUGGCAAUUACUCUGUGCAGCAGUGAGUGAUUCGUAACAUUAGUACUGCUGGGUGGGUACAGAAGAGGGGUAAAACGACAAGAAAGUGCUAAAGAGUGAGAGAGAUUACGGAUUAAACAACAACAUCAACCGAAGAAAAGGCCUCCAGGGCGGCCUUGGGGGCAAUCGAGUGUGACGGAUGAGGCGUUUGAAGUGAAAAUAAAAGUUUAAUAAAAAAAGGAGGCAAAAAUGCAAUUUCACUGCAAGUUUGAGUGAACGCGUGCAAAACGGGAUCGAUUUGAGGAGAAAUUGAAGCAGUGCAACAGCAAAAAAAACACGAUGGAAAUGAUCAAAAGAGCGAAACUUGUACUGCUAGCAGCAACGUUGCUGUUGUUGUUGCUGGUAACCGACAACUAUGCUGCUGCUGCACCAGAGCCAGCAGCUGAUGCGGAGUCAGCAGUGUUAUCGGAUUUGGCAACGGUGGUGUCGUCGUCCUUAGCGCCAACGGCGGCAGCUGGACGCGAACAGGAGCCAAAUCCUGCGGAACCACAACUAAGCCGGGUCGGCGCCGCGGUGGCACCGGAGAAUGUUCAACCACCACAGGUUGUAACCACGAGCUCAACCAACGAAGUACCAUCCCAGCCGUUGGAGGAAGAGUCGGCUUCGACGGCUCCAGCGGACGGCACUGAAGGUCGCAAGCGGCGACGGUUGGGCAGAAAGCGCAAACGAAGACCACUGCACGACGACUACUGGCAGGGCAAUCCGCGGGACGAAGAAUCCGAACUUCACUACCACGACCCACAGCAGCAGCAGCAGGAGUUUCAAGAACGUAAACGACCCUACCAGCGAUGGGAAGGAAGCGGCGGUGGCUUCCGGCCACGUCCCGAUCGAUGGUCGAACCCGUACAGCGAUGCCAUAGACCCGAGCGAUUCACCACCCCAGCGCCGGCCCUACGAGUCUACGGCCAACACCAGAGGCAGAGAGAAUUUUCAACCUAUUUUAGAUGGCAAUAGGCAGCGAAGACUUCCUCCGAAGCAACCGGCCGUAGAGGAGUCGACCGCAUCGACCCCCGGCUCCGGUUACAAAGCCUACCGAAAGCCGUACUCGCUGGCCAAACGCACCGAAGAAGAGGGUGGCGGAUCGUCCGGUGAAACAACGGGCAAAGGAACCGCGGCAGAUUUGAAGGCUCUCCUCAAACAAUCCGGCGGACUCAGUCUCAGUGAAAUUCUACAGCAGCGUAACAUCUCGCUUCAGGACUUGAUCAAGGGCAAGCAGAUGGCACUGGCUGCGCUAACGCAGAGUCCCUUGGACCUUACCGAGCCGGAAAACGAAGUGACCUCCGUCAUCCCAACGUUGUCCAGCGUGCGAUUCCGAGUUCACGAUGACUCGACAAAGCGGCCCGACUUCCAGGAGGUCAAAAACAUCAAGCGAAUCCCCGUUUAUUUCCCCUCAGCGGCACCCAUGAUCGGCACAGAGUACCCAACCACUGCUUCGACAACUACCACAACAACCACGGAGCUGCCACCUUCCGCCCAGGACGAGACCAACUCCGUGGAAGAUAUCAUCACUCUGGAGAACCUCGGCAACCGCAACGACAACGUAGCCAUCUUCCCAACGGUCGAGAUCAAGCAGCUUGCGCUGAACCCCGUCCUUCCCACAGUCAAGGAAGAGCGACUCCGACCGAUAAAGGGCGUUGCCUCUCGAAUCCGACCAGAUCUAAGCAAUUCCAACAUUCGAACCGAAGAAACGAUCAAGCGACGGCCAGAACUUCCCUCGCGUGCGUACGCCACAGCCGAACCGUGGCACUCGUCUACACCUGCCACACCUACCACCACAUCCCAAACGCGCGAAAAGUGGACACCCUCCCCGGGACUAAACGAAAAGCGGGAGCAAUUCCUACAAAAACUAAACCAAAGCAAGAUGCGAGGUCGCCCCUCAACCACCGCGUCAACCGAAGGUACCAACGCGGAAGACAACACCGAAAGCCUGGCCCUAUCCGACACGGAACCACCAAUCCAAGCUUCAUCCGAACGCUCCCUAAUGCGCGUCCCCACCCCACGCGUCAGAAUAGCGAUCAAACCAAAACAGAGACAAACACCGCAGCCACCCCCCUCACCACCAUCCGCGACAACAACAACCGCGGACGUGGAAAUCCACGAAGAGAACGUAACCAAGCUGCUGGAAACCGAACCCGAGCUGAACAUCAUCGAAAAGUUCACCUCGUUCGCCGAUGUCAAGAGCGGUGAACCGCACUACGAAGUUCACGAGCCGGCCGUCAACGAAGAGGAAGACGAUCUCAUCGAGCGCAUCAACCAGAACACGCAACGCUCGUUCACAGACAGCUUGGAGGAGUACAUCCGCGACGUAACGGAAAGCAACCCGUCGCUGUUCAACGAUCUGACGCCGAUUGGGCUGUCCGAGGAUCGGCGAGACAUCCUGGAGCUGAUGGAGGAUCGUCGCAUCGGAGCCCGCCUCGCGAAGGUGCUCUCGCAGCGAAACAUGUCCCUGGAGGAGCUGCUCGAGCAUAGAAAGCGAGGAUCGAGCCAGCUGCACCUGUCGGAGAUGAUCACCAACAAGGGGAAACCGAUGGAGGACAAGAUGGACAUUGUGACGGCGUUCGAGCACUUCCCGCGGUUCAACAUUGGCAACCUGCGCAGUAUCAAGCCCGAUGACAUCAAGCUGGACUCGCAGGGCUUCAGCUACUUCACCUCGAUCAUCAACAUUCGGCCCACGGACGAAACGCAUAAGGAGGGUCGAUCGAUGCAGGACAAACAGCACAAAGUCCUCGACUGGAAGUUGUCCCACGGCACGCACCAAAAACUCGAUCAUUUUUUAGGUAACGGCGGACCGAAGGGUGGGCUGAUCACCCCUUCGCGGAUGUCCGCCGAUGCUGAAUUCGACAGCGGCAACGACCAAAGCAGCAGCGACCUGCUCGAUCUCGAGCUGACCGGCCAUGGCUUCAACCAUCGGCACACGGUCACCAUCGAGAGCACCACGAUGCCGCUCGGCGUCAAGUCGGCCAUCCUGGCCAGCUCCUGCAUCGUCGGCGUAUCGCUCGCCAUCUUCGCGGUGAUCUUCAUCGUGUGCCGGUGGCGGCAACGGCGGCGCAACAAGCUCAACUACACGGAAAACUUCAACAUGGCCAAGGGGCGGCUGCCGAUGCACCACCAGGAGGGGGCCAUGAAGACGCCGCUGAACGACCAGCACCAGCAGAUGGUGUACACGACGGGCCAGCACCAGCUUCAGCGCGAGCGCAAGGACAGCAAGGUCAACACGAUGGAUCCCAACUCGGCGGAGGUGCACGACUACCUGUGGGACACGAUGCGGAAGCCGUUCCAGUGAAGACGGCUCCGCUGUCGUACUAUGAAGCCAUACACCGUAUUGUAGAAACAGCGAGAGGGGCACAGCUAUGGUAGCAUCCACGUGCGUGCUCAGUGAGCCAUGUAAAGACCUACCAUCCGAGCUUUUCUAAGCGUUCCUUCGAAGAAAAAAAAACGAAACCCUCUCUUUUCACUCAUCUACCAAUAUCAACGCUAUCUCUGCUAUUAUUAAGACGUCUCAGAAACCCCUAAUAAUAACUACGAAUAUCCUAGUGUUGAAACCCCCCUCUUUUUUCCGGUUUGUUAGUGUACCUGGCAGGCAUUGCUAGCGCUGCCCUCCUGACAGAUGAUGGAUGUCCAGCUCGAUUUGCAAGAUUUGUUUUUUUGCGGCAAAGGAAACAUCUACAAAACAAAACGUUAAUUAAGGAUGAGCAUAAACCAGCGUGUUAUGUUAAUAGCAAAAAAGAAGCAUAAGUGCAAAAAUGUGCAAUACAAAGAAGAAGAAGAAGAAAAAAACAUGGAAGAUGAUAAGUGCAAGGCUGCGGCGAUACGUUUUAAUUUAGUGUUAAUGAUAAUUUAUGAGCAAAUACUAGUAGCGAUUAGUGUUUAAGCAAACAAGCUCGGCCUCAAAGCUGCUGGAGCGAGAAACUUAGCAUUAUUGAUUUACUACGCAGGUGGUGCAGACAAGACAAAGAUCAUAUUUCAAGAUGAAAGUGUAAGAUAGCAAAUUGUAUAGACUGGCUCGUAAUGUAACAAAAAAAAACAACUCAACAUGAUUGAGUAAGGACGGUAAAUUAAAGCACUUAAUUAAUAACGUUCGAAUUAAAAAAAAACUAC